AUGUCGACGUCUAUAAAGCAAAACGUGGAAGCAUGUUCUCAAAGUUAUAACUUUAGUAAUAUACCGAAAUUAAACAUUGCAACGAAUCAAAAUAACAAUUCUAAUUGGAAGAAAUGGUGGCAAUAUUUCGAGCUUUUUCUUCUUGCUACGGGUUUGGAAGAAGCACCUGAGAAAAGGAAAAUAGCAAUUAUGUUACACACAAUUGGAGAAAAAGGUAUAGAAAUUUAUAAUUCUUUCAAUAUAGACAUAAACAAAAUUACUUUAAAAGAUAUAAAAACUAAAUUCGACAACUAUUUUGAGCCUCAGAAGAACUUAACUAUUAUCAGACAUUCCUUUUUUACGAGAAUGCAGAAACCCGAAGAGGGAAUCGACGCAUUUCUUACGGACUUACAAAAUAUUGGAAAUAAAUGUGAAUUUGGUACACUGAAAGAAUCACUAAUUAAAGAUAUUUUUAUAGCUAAUAUGAGUUCUAGAUUAACACAUGUUCGACAAAGAUUAUUGCAAGAGACUGACUUAAAACUUGAAAAAGCUAUAUCUAUUGCCAAAACUGUCAUUAUGGCACAACAAAAUGCACAAACAAUGGAAAAUUCUCAACAUUCUGAUACUGUUUUACACAUAUCACAGUCAUAUACAAAGUCACAGUCAAACAAACAGUCUACGAGUAAAAACAGAAUUAACUCAAAUAAAAAUUUUACUAGUCGACGUAGUCAAAGUCCGGUACCAAAGACAGGUAACAACAAGAAAUGUACUCAUUGUGGUCAACAUUAUCACCGUUUCAAAUGUCCUGCGUCAGGAGUAAGGUGUAAAAUAUGUCACAAGAUUGGACAUUUUGCAAAAUAUUGUUUUUCCAAUAGAUCUAACAUUAGAUCUUUAGAAUCGUCUUAUCCAGUCCAAGAUGCCGAAGAGGUAUCAAACAAUGAUCCAGAACAAUUUUUCAUCGGUAUGGUGAAGAGUGUCAACAACAAUAAGUCAUGGAUGUCUACCACCUGUCUGUCACCUCAAGUUGCAGCAGAAUGCAAUUCCAUGUGU